AAUCCGCUAGUUGAACGAUUAUAUGUAUCAGUUUCGAUGUUGUCAAAUAGGAACUUAACCUAUUACAGUCGAGACGAGUUUAUCUACAUUCAACAAGUCUACCUGAAUGAAUAAAUGAACACUCGAGUUGGGCUGGCCAUUUCGCCAGUUGGUCAUAUCGAGACUAUACAAGCACGCUUCGGGUGCUACUGCUAUGUUCUGUACGGCUGUUGGUACGUAACAAGAAUCGCGGCGCUGCGUGGGUCGUGUCCCCCACACUGGGGCGGUCGGUCGGUGGGCCAAACAGGUCAGGCAAGUCCCGCAUCACCGAGGGCGUUAUGAUUAUUUAAACGGUGGGGAGGGAAGCAGCCGACUUUACCGGCCGUCUGACUUCUCCAUCGUGCCAGUGUUGUACGUUACUCUGCCGCUGGUGUAUCGCUCCUUUGUUGCUGUCGGCGUAACUCGGCUUGUUCUUUACCUGUACAACAUUGCACUAGUCAUUUCUGGAAACUGGUUUCUCGGCGAACACGGGUAACAGCAGAAAGCUUAGGCCUAGCGAAGAGUGUCCACUGUUGUGGACUUCGGAGCCACAGCCGGUCUGUUAAUCUUACUCCGUGUAUCAGUGUUACCUGGUGCUUUAUUUAUGAACUAGCACCAUCAUGUAUUCGUUUGUGCGUGGCUCGAGACUCUUUGUGAAAGGAUCGCGUGAACGAGAUGAUGCCGACAAUGUACCGGACCCCGGCGAUCAACUGGAGCCGGAAGACUCUCUUGUGCAGGCUGUCUACCAGACCCGUGCACAAAUGGCGUCUGCCUCGCAGGAGUCUCGCGAGGUUUAUCGGACAGCACACAACCGGAGCGGCCUCCGAACUGUCCAGACUUCACGCAUUAUACGGAAAACGACCACAUUGACCCGAGGUGAGCACAAGACGGUAAGUUCACCCGAGACCCAUACCACGGACCACGCUGGCACGCAAACUAAAGCUCUUCCUCGGCGAAGCAGCGCCACGUCAACUGACUCCGAAUUUGCAGAGAAGGCGAAACGUAUUUACAAGAAAACAUCCGAAACGAAGCCUCGGAAGAAACCUAAG